AAAUAAAAUCAAGGCGAUUGCGUUUAAUAGGGUUUUUUUCUUCUUCCUUGUGGAGAUAAUAUUCCUUGGACGAAAUCAAAUCACGCUUAAUUCUCUCGGUUUCCUUUUUGUGCAGAUUGAUUCUCAAUUGGUAGGAUAUUCUCCCUUUAUUUGUCGAUUACAUGCUGAUUGGGAAGCUUCCAGCUCGACCCAAGGGUCUUGUUUGGGAUCCUCCAUUUCCUUCCAAGGCUUUCCCGACGCCUUGUUGCCCAAGUCUAGGUCUUCAUCUUGCUCCGUUACUAUGUAUAUUUCAAGUUUUCAACCAACAAGUCCCCUCCCACCCUCCAUAAACCCUAAUCCCCUUUCCCUCUGGCUCCAGAAGCAAAACGAUCUCCGCUCUUUUUGUCUUCUGAUUUUGGCCAUCCUCUCAUGAUGAGUUCUGCUUGCAAGAGAUUGCUGAGCAAGGGCUCACUGUCGCCUCUCAGAUUCGCUGUCAGAUCUUCGGGCGGAGCCAGCAAUCGGUCUAUGUCCACUGCCGCUUCUCCUCUCCGCCGCCGCGUGCUCCACUCUGCUUAUAAAUCUCUAUCUACAAAUGGGAAGACGUCUUUUGGUUUCUUAGCGAGGCCUUUCAGCGCCGAAAAUGACGUACUUGAUAUUGACUUGAGUACCACCAAUUCUAUGGAAGAGAAGGUAAAAAAACUUUGUAUUGACUUGAGUACCACCAAUUCUAUGGAAGAGAAGAUUGAGAGUGCCCAAGGAACUCUUUCAAUGGUUGCUAUUAACCACGAGGGUGAACUCCUUGUAGAAACCUCGGCCAAACAGUUUGAAGGCUCUCAGACACAGACCGAGAUGGAAAUGGUACCGUGCAAGAUUGUUAAAGCUCCAAAUGGUGGUGCUUGGGUCGAAGCAAACGGGCAAAAGUACUCUCCUUUCCAGAUUGGAGCUUUUUUGCUCGCGCAAAUGGAUGGAUAUGCCCAAGAAUACCGUGAAACAACUAUCAGGAGUUUUACUGUUAUGGUUCCAGCGUGUUUAAGGGACACACAAAUCAAAGUAACCUUCGAAAUUGAUCACCAUAACGGAGUUAUUGUCUUGGCCAAAAACGAAGCAAGCGAGAAAGAAAUGGACUUACUCCCCAUUAAGUCUUACUUUCUUGUUGAGAAGUGGUUGAGCAAGUACAGAGAGAACAUUCCUACCGAGAUUGUGAAAGAGAUUGAAAAAGCUAUGUCUCUAUACAGGAGAGCCCAGCAACAGUAUUGCGAUCAUAGUUUCUACAAGUACCAGGACAAGUUGAAAGGUGCAAGAGACGCUCUUUCGAAAAUCAGUCAACACAUGUCCAAAGGAUCUUCCUCCGGAGGCACUGACUUGGGUACCACCAAUUCUAUGGAAGAAAAGAGUGAGAAUGCCCAAGAAACUCUUUCAGUGGUUGCUAUUAACCGCGAGGGCGAACUCCUUGUGGGAACCUCGGCCAAACAGUUUGAAGGCUCUCAGACACAUACAAAGAUGGAAACGGUACCGUGCAAGAUUGUUAAAGCUCCAAAUGGCGAUGCUUGGGUCGAAGCAAACGGGCGAAAGUACUCUCCUGGUCAGAUUGGAGCGUUUGUUGUCUCGAAAAUAAAGAAAUUUGCCGAAGCACACCUUGGAAAUACUGUCACCAAAGCUAUCUUCAUCAUUCGUGGUUGUUUAAGCGAUGGACCAGUCAAAGUAUCCUUCUCAAUUUCACCCGACAAUGGUGUAGUUACUGUGAUGGCCGAAGAUGAAUUUUUCUGGAAAAAAUCAGAGGCGGCGGCUCUGCAGUAUCUUGAGACAGUACAGAGAGACGAUCCCAGUCGAGAUUGCGGAAGAGUGUGAAGCCGCUGUGCCUGAACUCAAGAGUGCUGUGGUGGAAAAGGACGGUGAGAUCAUGCCGAAAAUGGAGGCUGCAAUAGAGGCUAAGAAUAGGCGUUUCUUAUCAUUAGAUUAAGCAAAACUGGUUAACAAUUUUCUCAUCAUUAAAUUGUUUGUCUCGUAUUUGUUGGCCUGUAGCCUUGUGCUAGUUAUGUAGAAUGUGUCGAAACUAUCAGAAUUUCAGCUAUUGUUCAGCUCAUGAAUGUGGAUUAAAACUUGAAAGAUUGAUGAAUUUUAAGCCCUAAGGGCUGUAUUA